UGGGUUGUCAGUUGUCACUCUCUCCUCUCUGUUUUUUCUUUUACUGUAAAUAUUCCUUGUUGGUUGUGAGUAUUUAACUCGUACAUUUACGCAUCCAGUGUUUCUCUUUUUCACUCUGUUUUUACUUGUUGGGUUCUUGUUCUGUAUCGCAUUGAUGCUGUUUAGUUGUGUGGGUAGAUGGGGGCUCUACUAAUUUUCUAGCUCUCUCUCUCUCUCUCUCUCUCUUUUUACUCCUCAUCCUCUUCCCCUUCUCUCUGUCUCUGUUUUCUUUUUGCCCUGCGUUUGUGGCGGAUAAACCGGUGAUCUGUUCCACUAUCCAAAUCCCAAAGAAAACCAAGAAAGCCAGUCUUCCAAGGGUGAAAAAAUAUUAGCUCCUCUUUUCUUCCAGGAAGGAUAUAUGGCAGAUGGGAGUGAGUAUCGCUGUUGGGAUGAGCUGAUACCAGAUGCUCUUGGGCUUAUCUUUAGAAAUCUUUCCCUGCAAGAGACAUUGACAGUGGUCCCAAGGGUUUGCAAAUCAUGGAGCAGAGCAGUUUCAGGGCCAUAUUGUUGGCAAGAGAUAGACAUUGAGGAAUGGAGCAAAAGGCGCCAGCCUCAUCACCUUGAUCGCAUGCUACGGUUGUUGAUUACUAGAAGCUGUGGAUCCCUGCGCAAGCUAUCUGUCACUGGAAUUCCAAAUGAUGCCAUUUUCUCAUUUCUCGUUGAGCAUGCUGGAUCCCUUCAGACUUUGCGGAUGCCAAGAAGUGAAAUAAGUGAUUCAAUUGUUGAACAGAUUGCUGGAAGACUUUCAAUGAUCACUUUCUUGGAUGUGAGCUAUUGCAAUAAAAUUGGUGCUCGAGCUUUAGAGGCUAUUGGAAAGCGUUGUAAAUUGCUUUUGGUGCUGUGCCGGAACAUGGAGCUAUCAUCUUCAGCAGAUCAGCUUCCGCUAGAUGAUGAGGCUCAUGCCAUUGCUACCACGAUGCCUAAGCUGAAGCAUUUAGAAAUUGCCUACCAUCUUCUCAUCAGCACAGAAAGUGUGUUGAAAAUCCUUUCAAGCUGCCCUGAGCUUGAGUUCAUGAAUUUGACAGGAUGCUGGGAUGUGAAACUUGACGGGAAUUUCCUCAAAGAGAAGUUCCCAAAAGUGAGAAUAUUAGGGCCUCAUCUCCUGGAGUAUUAUGAUAUGAAUGACUGGGGAGAUUAUUGCUCUGAAUAUUCAGAUGCUUCCGAGUACUUUGCUUGGGAAAUCUUUUCUGGCGAUAUGGGAGAUUAUGAUGAUGAUGAUAGUUUUGAUGAAAUGUGGGAUGACGAGGAAAGGCUGGAGGAGCUUGAGCUCAGGUUCUAUGAAGGCAUUGAGGAUGCUGGAUUAUAUGGUUGGCCUCCAUCUCCAUAGCUACUGUUUCCUUUUUCUUUUUUUCCUUUUGUUCACUUUUCUAUCUCUAGUGCUAAAUGCUUCUACCGGGUACUUUCUUUUAUGCUCUAUGAAUAUAUAAUGUUUCAAUAGGAAUGAAGUUGUAUGCUUUGUGUCA